AGGUCGCGAGGUCACGCAGAGGCGUCCAGGGGAGGGGAUGACGGUGGCCCGCGUCGGCCUGCUCCUCGCCCAGAUCCUCCAUGCUGUGGUGACGUUGUUGGUGGCACGGCUGAGACAGGUGCUGAAUCUACCAGGCCUGCUGUCUCUCCUGCGACCAGGACCAGGGCCAGAGUGGGCCAUGGAGGAGUUGACCCCCAGACAGGAGAGCUUGAGGCGGCUGAAGGCCCGCUUCCUGGAGGCCUUGGUGGCCAACGACGCCCAGGAAGUCGUGCAUGUCCUCCGCCACACCGGCCUGGACAUAGACACAGUGCUGGAGGUAGAGGAUACCAGCAUGCUGCUGGCAUCGUACAAACAAGGAUACUGGUUGCCAGGCUACACUCUGGAUUCGUCGUGGGCGACGGGCAUCCACGUGUGUGUGAUGAACAACUCGCUGGAAGCCGCCCUGGUGCUCCUCCAGCAGGGGGCAGCGGUGAACAGGAAGCCCAACGGGAAGACCCCGCUGCACGUUGCGUGCGAGGCGUCGCACGCCGACUGCGUCGCCCUGCUGUUGGCUCACGGGGCCAAAGUGACCAGCGUAUCGCUGAGUGGACACACCCCCCUCCACUACUGCAUCACCAGGGAGUCUGUGGACUGUGCCAAGCAGGUCAUCCUGAAAGGAGGAAAGGUGAACAUGCCCAGCCAGAACAGUGAUGAAGACACGCCCCUCCACACCGCGGCUCGUUUCGGCAUUCCUGAGCUGGCGGCCUUGUACCUGUCCCACGGGGCCCAUGUGGACGCCCUGAACUCACGCCUGGAGACGCCCCUGAUCACAGCUGCCUUCUGGGCCCUGGACGCCCGCCUGCAGACCUACAGCCAGGAACACCACCUGGUCGCCCGCAUCCUGCUGGACCACAACGCUGACCCCAACCUCCAGGAGGAAGACCACAAGACGGCGUUGCACACAGCGGCGUGGAGCUGUGACCACGUGCUGCUGCACAUGCUGCUGGCGGCGGGCGCCGCGCCCCGGGUCAUGGACAUGAACGGCUGCGGCCCGCUGCACUACGUGCUGAAGGUGACGGACGUCCGGCCGGCGGCACAGCCCGAGCUCUGCUACCAGCUGCUGCUCAACUACGGAGCGCCUCGCGUCUACCCCCCGCAGUUCCACAAGGUACUGCAGAGCUGCCAUGCGUAUCCCAGAGCUGUGGAGGUCCUGGUCAACUCCUACCCUAACAUCACACACACCAGGAAGUGGAGAGAAGCCAUUCCAGAUCUCUCCUACCAGCAACACGAGGACUUCUACGAGUCCCUGUUCUCCGUGUGUUCCAACACGCCCCGCUGCCUGCUGCACCUGGCCAGGUGUGCUGUCCGCCUGGCCCUGGGGCCUCGGUGUCACCCCGGGGUCCCCCUCCUGCCCCUGCCCCCCUCCCUCCAGACAUACCUGCUGCUGGAGCCCCAGGGGCUGCUGGACUGAGAAGAGUGCGUGCGUGCGUGUCUAUGGCAUCUCUACUGACGCCUUUUCAAUACCUGGACCUAUGGGCUAGAAGUUACACAGGUGUAGUCGAUGACCGAGAAGACGCACUCUGCCCAGGUGUCAUGCCUGAACGAGGCUUCGCUCGUUUCUGGUUUAUUUUUCUCUCGUGUGGAACAGUGACUCCUUGCUGUGGCCUCUCUCAGAUGACCUAAGUUCACCCGCAGACACGCUCUCGCUCCAAUACCCUUCUAUUCGGAGAACAAACACUUGACAAACCGCUCCAAACAGAGAGCUGCUUGUUCAACGUCCACUUGGCUGUAUCCAUGCAGCGCCUGCUUCACUGUACUAUGGACUGAAAAACACUAAUUGCUUAAAAACACUAAUUGCUUAAAAGUCAAGCAAGAAGCACUGAGAACGUCAAGUAAGUAUACUCAAAUACCAGAUCUGUACAGGAUGAUAAUUGUAUUGCUUUGUGGAGUAAGCUACCUUUGUACCUUUUCAAGGCCAUUUUCAACACAAUUGCUGCAAAUUCUUCAUCCGGUUCACAGUCAUGUUCAUGAGUAUCAUAAAACAAAAAAAGCUGUUUUUCAGGCCCAUUUACCCUGUGAGAACAUAAAGAAAGUAAUCUGGGAAUAUUCCAUCCCACCUGCCAUCACAGAUAAGUACAGUCAAGCUCACUGUGGAAUCCAUCUUUUGUAUCAGAGGACCCACUGUAUUGUGAAUGUGCCCUAUCUCAUAAUCAACUUACAUUAUAUCUUGAUGAAUACACACAACUCUGUUUCACGCCAGCACUAUGACUAAUGUGACCCGGCUGUUUAGCAGCUGGGAGAGAAUGCAUGCCAGCUCUUUAGAGAGUGGAGGUGAUUGGAGCUGUGAAGUCUCUGCUAUUAAAGUCUUUGUUCAGGGA